AUGGCCACGUACUGCGACGGCUCGAGCGUCUGCCCGGCCCCGCACAGCCAGGCCCGCACAGCCUCGCACCCCGCGGGCUACAGGCGCGGUGACCUGGGCGCUGCAGGCGGUGGCCCGCGCCUGUGGCUGAACGCGCCGGCUCUCAGCCCCGCGCCCUACGCGUCGGGCGCCCUUCCCUCGCCGCCCUACGGGACCCCCAGCUAUGCGGCCCCGGGCCCGCUCCUCGGAGCCCCGGGCGGGCUGACGGGCGCAGACCUCACCUGGCUGAGCCUCUCGGGCCAGCAGGAGCUGCUGAGGCUGGUGCGGCCUCCCUACUCCUACUCGGCGCUCAUCGCCAUGGCCAUUCAGAGCGCGCCGCUGCGGAAACUGACGCUCAGCCAGAUCUACCAGUACGUGGCCAGCAACUUCCCCUUCUACAAGCGCAGCAAGGCUGGCUGGCAGAACUCCAUCCGCCACAACCUGUCGCUCAACGACUGCUUCAAGAAGGUGCCCCGCGACGAGGGCGACCCAGGCAAAGGCAAUUACUGGACCCUGGACCCAAAUUGCGAGAAGAUGUUCGACAACGGGAACUUCCGGAGGAAGAGGAAGAGGAGAGGGGAGGCGAGCGCCCCUGAACUCCCGGGCGCCCGGAGCCAGGGAGCAGCCGCGAGGGAGCUGGACCCCCUGGGCGCAGCGUCCCCGGACCUGCAGGCCGCCCCGUCCCCGCCUGCGCCCGAGGCUGCCGCCUGCUUCUCCAGUUUCGCCUCGGCCAUGGGCGCCCUGGCUGGCGGCCUCGGUACCUUCCCCGGGGGGUUGGCGGGCGACUUUUCUUUCGGGAGACCGACCGCGGUGGCUGCUGACGGCCCCCAAUCCCCUGGCCCCUCGCCGGGCUUCCCCACUGGCCAUCAGACUGCGGCCGCCGGCUUCCGUGUCAGUCACUUCGUGUACAGUCGGGAAGGGACGGAAGUUUGA